AUGACCGUCCCCGACGAGGUCGACAUCAUCGUAUGUGGUGGUGGCAGUUCAGGAUGUGUACCAGCAGGCCGUCUCGCCAACCUCGACCACAGCCUCCAGGUUCUGGUUAUUGAAGGAGGAGAGAACAACAUCAAUAACCCCUGGGUCUAUCGUCCGGGAAUCUAUCCGCGUAACAUGAAGCUCGACAGCAAGACUGCAUCAUUCUAUUACUCCAGGCCUUCAGAGUUCCUCGAUGGACGUCGAGCAGUUGUCCCGUGUGCACAUAUCUUGGGUGGUGGUAGCAGCAUUAACUUCAUGAUGUACACUCGAGCCUCUGCCUCAGACUAUGACGAUUUCAAAACGAAGGGUUGGACGACCAAGGAGCUCAUCCCACUGAUGAAGAAACAUGAGACAUACCAGCGUGCUUGUAAUAACAGGGACCUCCAUGGAUUUGAUGGUCCUAUCAAGGUCUCUUUCGGCAACUAUACCUAUCCAAUCAUGCAGGACUUCCUCCGAGCCGCGGAAAGUCAAGGCUUUCCAGUUACAGACGAUUUGCAAGAUCUCAAAACAGCUCAUGGAGCAGAACACUGGCUCAAGUGGAUCAAUCGAGACACUGGCCGUCGUUCAGAUGCUGCCUCAGCCUAUAUUCAUUCCACUCGUGCCAAGCACCAGAACCUUCACCUGCAAUGCAACACCAAAGUCGAUCGUGUCGUCAUUGAGAACGGUCGUGCUGUCGGUGUCUUAACAGUUCCUACUAGGCCGGUAGCCGGAUAUGGCGAGCCUAAGCGUCGCCUUUUCAAAGCUCGCAAGCUCAUCAUUGUCUCAUGUGGCACAUUGUCAUCGCCACUCGUCUUGCAAAGGUCUGGUAUCGGUGACAAGAAGAAACUCGAGGAAGUGGGUGUGAAGUGCGUUGUAGACCUACCUGGUGUAGGCCUGAACUUCCAGGACCACUAUCUCACGUUCUCCACUUACCGUGCUAAGCCGGAGACGGAGUCAUUCGAUGAUUUCGUUCGAGGCGAUCCGGAAGUUCAGAAGAGAGUCUUCGACGAAUGGAACAUCAAAGGCACUGGUCCACUUGCUACCAAUGGUAUCGAGGCUGGUGUCAAAGCCAGACCAACCGAAGAAGAGCUCGAGGAGAUGAAGAGCUGGCCAACUCCAGAUUUUAGCCCUAGUGGAUGGGAGAGCUACUUCAAGCACAAGCCUGACAAGCCAGUGAUGCAUUACUCGGUCAUUGCUGGUUGGUUUGGUGACCAUCUCGACAUGCCAGCUGGGAAAUUCUUCACAAUGUUCCACUUCCUCGAAUACCCGUUCUCUAGAGGGUUCACUCACAUCACCUCUCCAGAUCCAUAUGCAAACCCAGACUUCGAUGCAGGCUUCAUGAACGACAAGCGUGACAUGGCACCCAUGGUCUGGAGCUACAUUCAAUCUCGAGAGACUGCUCGCCGCAUGCAAGCAUAUGCCGGAGAGGUUACAAUGAUGCACCCCCACUUCCCUUACGACUCACCUGCCCGAGCUAAGGAUAUGGAUCUGGCCACUCGCAAUGCCUACGCUGGACCCAAUCACAUCACUGCCAAUAUCCAACACGGCAGCUGGACAUUCCCGAUCGAUGAAGGUGACGAGUCAGCACCUGCUAACAUUCUCAGCAGUAACAAGCAGACGGUCAGGCAGCCACUCAAGUAUACCAAGGAUGAUAUCGCCCACAUCGAGAAAUGGGUUCAGCGCCACUGUGAGACUACCUGGCACUCCCUCGGUACUUGCUCGAUGGCACCUCGCGAGGGUAACGACAUCGUCAAGCAUGGUGUACUCGACGAGCGACUCAAUGUUCAUGGUGUGAAGGGUCUCAAGGUCUCUGACUUGUCAAUCUGCCCAGAUAAUGUCGGCUGCAACACCUUCUCGACUGCGUUGCUAAUUGGUGAGAAGUGUGCAAUGCUUGCUGCUGAGGAUCUGGGAUACUCUGGUGAUGCACUGGAGAUGAGAGUGCCUGCCUACCAUGCUCCAGGUGAAUCGGUGGGACUCGCACGUCUCUAG